AUUCCAUCGCUUCAUUGCGAGCUAAAAGCGUCAAUCAAGAAUUCGGCGCGUCUGCCGUUUGCAGCGCGACCGAAGAUUGUCUUUCCGGACAAUGGAGCGCGCGUUGUGGUUGAGCGCAGCAACGAUAAAGAAUUCCGCGCGCCCUGCCUGCGCGCCGGAAACGACUGCCUGCUUUCUUCGCGGAUGAGGGCAGUUUCAGUUUCCCCGGCAAACAAAAUCACACGCCUCGCCCAGUGAUUUCGAGGUACCAGUUGGUGUCGGUGCGAAAGUCGCUCGCAUUUCAAUCUUCGGCCCUACGCAGCUCAAAAGCCCGACAUAUUUGCGCGCAAGCACGAGCCUGCCAAGCGCCUGGCCCACACAAUGCCGGCAAGCAAGGAGCCGCAGGUCAGCCCAAAAUCCCCCGUUCCGGCGGGCUACCGGUUCGUACCCAGAGGCAACGUAUACAUCACGGCCAACUGCCGCAAGAAGACGCACGCGGCCGGCGCCACGGUGUACCUGGUGGUCGACCCCAGCGUCAGGGGCAGGGCCAACGUCAAGGGCAUCCGCGUGCCCUCGGGCAUCCACGACGAGGUCGUCGCCGCGGAGCAGCAGACCCGGGCCAAGCGCGCCGCCCAGGUGCGGGCCAAGGACGACGCCGGCUCCAGCGCCUUUGAGUCCGAGGUGCGCCGGCUCUUCCCGCACGCGCCCGCCGACUCGGUGGCCGCCAUCUCGCGCCAUGCCCUCGUCAAGCGGUCCAGGAGGGUCGGCCGGUCCACCAUGAUGGACAUGGAGCAUAAGGUGCGGCUGGCCGUCGUGGCCCACAUCCGGCACGUCGAGACGGACUACGAGGCCCUGCUCAGGAAGGGCGGCAUUGAGAGGGAGGAUGCCAGGCGGCAGACAUGGAAGCGCACCAACGAGGUUGCCGACCGGUGGGCAGGCCAGAGGAAUUCGCUAUCCACGCGCUCUACUGCCCGACGGGAAAAGAAGAUGUCCAACCGUGAGAGCACGGCAAAGCAAGGUGCCAACGCGAAAGCCGGCAAGGCCUCGCAGAAGAAGAAGAGGAGCACGAAAACUAAAAGUGGCAACAAGAAACAGGACAAGAAGAGUGGGAAGCCGCAGACUCGGACGAAUCAAGUCGGCAAAAGCGGUAAGGGGAAGAAACGGACCCGGCAACAGGCAGCCCUCGGGGAUGACUCGGCGAACAAGCGCGAUGACGCGACAACGGCCAAGCCGGCUGCUAGCGUCGCCACCACACGGGCCAAACGGAGCAAGGGCAACUUUGGCGGAACCAGCAACUUGCGAGGCACACCGUAUAACAAACGGGACCUCUUCGAGGUUGCUGACGACGACGACGAGCUCGCGUCGAGCGACGAGUCCGAAAGAAGCGCAGAUGGUGGAGAUGACGACGAAGAAGAUGGGGCCGAGCUUUCCGAUGACUCUUCCUGCCAAAGCUCCGAACUGGAUGACGGGUCGGAGGACGAAGCCCAAUUUACCGACUACGAGGGCUUCGAUUCUGAUGAUGUUGGGUUUUGAUCAGCGCCGAGCCGGCCGGGGGAGUCCAUCCUAGGAAUCAAACGUUUGCUAUAUUGCUUGAUUUGACGAGUUUCGCGACUCAGAGCAUAAUACAAUGUGCGGGAGUUGGACCAGUGAAGCCACGGAUCACCGGCUCAACCAUCGAAACGGCGAGGCACUACCUGCGAGGAUGGCGUGGGUUGUUGUCACCGCCUCUCUGGGUUGAGCUCACAACCAGGGCUUGUUAUUAGGAGGGCUGUUGCUAAUGUGGAAGUAAAAUGAAGUAGAAGAAAGCAUGUUGACGGAUCUAACCGAGCUUAUUAGUGAGUGGCAC